CCGCGUUCUUUGACCAAGGGAGAAGAAAGAGGCUCAACCCACCGACCGGAAUGUCAGUUAAUGAUACAUCCAUGUGCAGCAUCUCAUCUUUUCCUUUCUCUACUUUCUAUAUGAUGCAACGCGGAAGUUCCCAAGAAGUUCCUCUUGCAACGCGGUAUCCACUUCUUUAAACUUAUACAAGGAGCCCAAUCGUCAUCCACGGUAUAUCCAUCUCCAACUAAUUACACUUUACAUCCAAAAUGUCUUCUUCCAUCGCAUUACCGGGAGUCCUUUCCUCUCAAUGGAAUUAUGAUGUAUUCUUAAGCUUUUGCGGUGAGGAUACCCGCAAUGCUUUUAUUGGUUAUCUUUACGAGGCUUUGGAUCGAGUUGGAAUCAAAACUUAUAAAGAUGAUGUGGAGCUCAGAAGAGGUGAAGAAAUCUCACCCGCACUUUUAAAGGCGAUUGAACAGUCAAAGAUUUCGAUCGUUGUAUUUUCUGAAAACUAUGCAUCAUCUACUUGGUGUUUGGAUGAGCUUUUAAAGAUCCUAGAGUGUAAAGAAUCAAAACAACAGAAGGUUUUUCCAGUGUUUUACAAAGUCGAGCCAUCGACAGUACGGCAACAAAAAAAUAGUUUUAAAGAAGCGUUGGAUAAACAUGAAAACAAGUUUAAGGAUGAUGCUAAAGUUCAGAAGUGGAAGACUGCCUUAAAACAAGCUGCCGAUCUAUCCGGUUUCCAUUUAAAGAUCGAGGAGAACGAACCUGAAUUUAUCAAGAAGAUUGUUCUGGAGGUCUCAAGCAUACUACCAAAACGUACAUGCUUGCAUGUUGCGAAAUAUCCGGUUGGAUAUAAUUAAUACGCUUUUACCUAUUGAGAUUAUUAAUGAGACACGCAUGAUAGGAAUUUUCGGUAUUGGAGGAAUUGGUAAGACAACUAUUGCAAAAGAGGUGUAUAAUCGCAUUACUUAUCAGUUUGAAGGGAGUUGUUUUCUUGCCAAUGUUAGAGAAAAUUCAAAAUCAGAUAAGGGCGGUCUCGUGAAGUUGCAAAGGAAAAUUCUUUAUGAUAUCCUAAGAGUUGAUCCAAAGCUGGUUGAGGUCGAUGAUGUGGAUCAAGGAAUCAUUCUGAUACAGGAGAAACUUUGCCGUAAAAAGAUCCUUUUGGUUCUUGACGAUAUUGAUUGUUUGGACCAGUUAGAAAAACUAAGUGGAGGAUCCGAUUGGUUUGGAUUGGGAAGUCGAAUCAUCAUAACAACAAGAGAUGAGCAUCUACUAGUGCAGCAUGAUGUUGGUAAUUGGAAAUAUCGUAUGAAUAAAUUGGAUCGUAAAGACGCUCUUGAGCUCUUUUCCUGGCAUGCCUUCAAGUGUGACAAACCGGAUAAUGGUUUUGUGGAGCUCAUCGAACUUGCACUGCAAUAUGCUGGUGGCCUUCCACUCGCUUUAACUGUGGUAGGCUCAAUUCUACGCGGAAGAGAUAUACAUUAUUGGAAAAGUGAAUUGGAAAAGUACAAAAAAAUUCCAGAAGAAAAUAUCCUAGAAAAACUCAAAAUAAGUUAUGAUGGAUUAGAUUAUUCUACAAAAAAGAUUUUUCUUGACGUUGCAUGUUUCUUCAAAGGAGCCGAUAGAAAAUAUGUCACUAAAAUAUUGGACGGUUGUGAUUUCUUUGCUGGUAUCAAAAAGCUCAAGGAUAAAUGUCUCAUAACUAUUGAUAAAUUUGACCAACUAAUGAUGCAUGACUUACUAGAAGAUAUGGGUAAAGAAAUUGUCCGACAAGAAUCACCAGAAGAACCAGGCAAGCGGAGUAGAUUAUGGCUUCAUGACGAUGUUCGUGAAGUACUUGAAAGAAAUAAGGGAACAGAGCAAAUUGAAGGCAUAUUGAUAAAUCCACAUUGGGAGGACAACUGCAUGAUACGUUUGGAUUCUGAGGUGUUUGAAAAAAUGAAAAGACUCAGAAUAUUAAUAGUUAAAAGGUAUAGUGGCGUAAGUUUAUGUGGCGGAUUGAAUUAUCUCUCUAAUGAGUUAAGAGUUCUUGAUUGGUUCAAUUCCGCUUUAGAGUUUUUGCCAUCUUCUUUUCAUGGAGAGAAACUCAUUGAUUUCAAUGUCGGAGGAAGCAAUAUUAGAGAUUUAGGGACAAGAUUGCAAUCUAAGGUACCUAUUUUUAUUUUUCAUAUGUCAAUCUGUCUUACUUUUAAGUUAUGCUGCAAAUUUCCUUUAACAAUUAAUAUAUAUUUUAUUUGUUUUUUACUUUUUAAACAGAACUUAACAAGGAUAGAUCUCAGAUACUGUAAAUACUUGACAAAUAUAUCGGAUCUUUCAAGUUGCUCAAAUCUAGAAAAGUUGAUUCUUGAUGGAUGUGGAAGUUUAGUUGAGGUUGAUAAUUCUGUUGGAUUUUUGGAUAAGCUUGUUGAAUUGAAUUUUAGAAAUUGUUCUAGCCUAAAGAAGUUGCCAAGAAGCUUCAAGUUGAUAUCUCUAAAAGUACUUGUACUUAACUAUUGUACAAGCCUUGAAUACUUUCCUGAAAUUGAGUGUGAAAUGGAACAUUUGAAAGAUCUUUGGUUAGAAGGCACGGGAAUACAGGAGCUACCUUCAUCCAUUACAUACCUCACUGGGCUCAAGACGAUAUUUAUAAUUAAGUGCGACAGCCUUGUGCAUUUUCCAGUAAACAUUUUUCAUUUGGAACAUCUACAGGAUGUUUCCAUAGUUUAUUGUCCAAAUUUUGUAAAUUUUGGAAAGGAGUUGGGGCAUAAUGGACAAUUCGUGUCAUGUACACAGGAAAAUGAAAUUUCAUCAAGUAUGGAAUUGUCGCCUCCAGAAUCAAAUAAUUUAUUUAGGACAUUUAAUUUCUCAUACAAUUUGAGAGAAUUAUAUCUAUCAUGUAGUGGUAUUGUUAGUCUUCCUCCAUGCAUCGAAAGAUUUGUUGGAUUGUAUAAACUUGAUUUGACAUACUGCAAGCAACUUGAAGAAAUUCUACACCUUCCACCAAAUAUAGAAGAGGUAGAUGCUGUUGGAUGUUCCAGCCUAAAGAAUUUCUUACCAGAAUCAAAUAAUUUAUCUCGGACAUAUAAUUUCUCAUCCAGUUUGAGGACUUUAAAUCUAUCUGAUAGUGGUAUUGUUAGCCUUCCUCCAUGCAUCGAAGGAUUUGUUGCAUUGUCUAAACUUGAUUUGACAGACUGCAAGCAACUUGAAGAAAUUCUACACCUUCCACGAAAUAUAGAAGUGGUAGAUGCCGGUGGAUGUUCCAGCCUAAAGAAUUUCUUGCCAGAAUCAAAUAAUUUAUCUCAGACAUAUAAUUUCUCAUCCAGUUUGUGGACUUUAAAUCUAUCUGAAAGUGGUUUUGUUAGCCUUCCUCAAUGCAUCGAAGGAUUUGUUGGAUUGUCUGAACUUGAUUUGAAAUAUUGCGAGCAACUUGAAGAAAUUCUACACCUUCCACCAAAUAUAGAAAAGGUAGAUGCUACAGGAUGCUUGUUAUUGGAACGCUUUCCUCAUGUAUCGACAGAAUCUUCAUUUGGUACCCCUGACUUAAAACGGCUUAGAAGGAUUAACUUAACGGAAUGCAAUAAAGUGGAAGUGGAUGUAGCGAAUCAUGCGCCAGAUCCAUUAUUGGUACAGGAACGCUUUCGGGAGAAAGAUUUAAGUACGAUUAUAUAUUCAGGAAGUAGGAUUCCAGAGUGGUUCAAGUAUUGCAAGGAGACUACUUCAUAUAGUGAUUCUAUUGAAAAAGAAAUUGAUCAUAAUGCGUCCAUGUGUUGUGGGUAUCAGAUCGUGGCAUUAAUUUUGUGUUUUGUUGUGGGACCUCUUCCAGCACCGGGGUAUUAUAGUUUUACUGUCACAAUAAAUGGCCAGCGGAUUGGAAAUGAUGGUAUCUGGUCUUGGGAUUCAAUGGACCCACAUGAUCGUGUGUGGCUACAAUACAUAGUUGUAAAUUCUAUUGAUCAUGAGAUCCUGCCAAGAAGUUACAGGAGGGGGAAAAAUAACAUGAAGUUUGCAUUUGAAAGUGAUACAGGGAAAGCAAUCUUAAAAAGUAGCGGAGUCCAUCUAAUAUACGGGAAUGACAAUUUCAUUAAUCCUAUUCAACUUUCAAAGAGCAUGACUUGGAACCUGAUUGGAACCCACAACAGAAGCGGCAAUCUUCAACCACGAGAAUUAUGGAAUUCGAGGGGCUAAUGAUGAUUUAAUUAUUGAAGAUUUGGAUUUAGAACUUCGACUUGGGAAUUGAAGUUCAGAAAGGAAUUGAAGUUGCGGAAGGAAUCAAAGUUGGGGGAAAGAACCGCAACGAAUAAGAAUAAACGGCCAGCAGAUUAGAACUGAUCAUGAGAUGCGGCUACAGACUUCAAUGGACCCACAUGAUCGUGUAUGGCUACAAUACAUAGCUGUAAAUUCUAUUGAUCAUGAGAUUCUGUCAAGAAGUUACAGGGAGGGGAACAAUAAUAUGAGGUUUACAUUUGAAAGUGAUAUAGAGAAAUCAAUCUUCAAAAGUGCUGGAGUCCAUCUAAUAUACGGUUUCAUUAAUCCUAUUCAACUUUCAAAGAAAUAUCCACGAGAUGAUGGUGAGCAUGACUUGGAACCCACAACAGAAGAGGUGUGGAUCUUCAACCAGCUCUAGCAUUAUGGAAAUUCAAGGAUGCUAAUGAUGAUUUAAUUAAUGAAGAUUUGGAUUUAGAACUUCCACUUGGCAAUUGAAGUUCAGAAAGGAAUCAAAGUUGCGGAAGGAAUCAAAGUUGGAAAAGAACUAUAACCAUAAUAGACUUUAACGGAUGCUUGUGGAAUUUGCAGCAAUCUCCUCGACCACUUUACUGGAAUUUCAGUACGUAAAUAUACACCAGGAAUAUUGAAACAGGUUCAAAGGCCUCAAAGAAUAUGUUUUUAGACCUAGACCAGAUCUGUAAACUAUGUUUUACAGACCUAAUGACCAUAAGAACGGUAAGUCGAGUAAAGUUGGAAUUGUACAGCAUAACAUAAUAGGAAUUAUAAUUUUUCUAGGAUUCUUUCAGUAAUACUCCUGCGGCACAGCCUUAUUUUUUUGUUUUGUGAAAUUCUUUCGGCGUGCAGAGUGAGUCCUCCUAUUUGGCUACAAUUGAUCUAUUUAUAUAUUUGUAUUUGUUAAUAAGAUUUUUUUGUUGAGGAAGUUUUAAAUAAAAUCAUCAUGUACCGAACAAAUCUGAUAAAAAAACUCAUUAAUAGCCGUUUGUAUCUUUUUAGUUUGAGUA